GCGUCAACCGUUGGCCGCCAAAUUUUCGAAAAACGGCAAACGACGACACCAACCCAUAUCAACACCAGCCAGCACCAUCCACACAGCACCCACACAUCAACACCUGGCAGGAUGUCUGAGGGUGCAAGCGGCGGCAGCGGCGCAGAUGGCCGCACCCCGCGCCUCAUGAUCACCAAGAUGCGGCUUGAAAAUUUCAAGUCAUACUACGGCGUGCAGGAAGUCGGCCCGUUCCACAAGUGCUUUUCCGCUGUGGUUGGCCCCAACGGCAGUGGCAAGUCCAACGUCAUCGACGCCAUGCUGUUUGUGUUUGGCUUCCGGGCCAAGAAGAUCCGCCAAGCCAAGCUCAAGGACCUCAUCCACAACUCCGAGCACCACCAGAACCUGCCCAGCUGCCGCGUCAGCGUCUUCAUGCAGGAGAUCCUCGACAGGGAUGACGGCGGGUUUGACAUUGUGCCUGACUCUGAGCUGGUGGUUGCACGCGAGGCCACGUCCAGCAGCCAGUCGUUCUACUACCUCAACGGCAAGAAGCGCACCUUUGGCGAGAUUGCGGACGUGUUGCGGUCAAAGGGCAUCGACCUGGACCACAACCGCUUUCUCAUCCUGCAGGGCGAGGUGGAGCAGAUUGCCAUGAUGAAACCAAAGGCGCAGAACGAACACGACGUCGGCCUGCUCGAAUACCUCGAGGACAUCAUCGGGUCCGUGCGCUUCAAAGAGGACAUUGCCAAGCACGAGCUCAUGCUUGAAGAACUCAACGAGAAGCGCAACGAAAAACUCUCGCGCGUGCACGUGGUUGAGGAGGAGAAGAACGCGCUCGAGGCCGGAAAGAAGGAAGCGGAGGCGUACCUGAUGCAAGAAAAUGAGCUGACGAUGCUGCGGUCCAAGCUCUUCCAGUGCCACCUUCACCAGGCAACAGAGAACCUGGAACAGCUGCAGGAGCAGGCCGACGCGAAGCGGCGCGCGGUGAAGGAUGCCAAGCAGGAGAUGAAGACUGUUCUGCACGAGUCCAAAGGCAUUCAGAAGCAGUAUGAGAAGGACAAGCGGGAGUAUGACAGUUUGAAAAAGGCGGCAGAGAAGGCCAAGGCUGACUUUAUCGCAUACGAACGCAAGGACAUCAAGCACAAGGAGGACAUGAAGCACAACAAGACCAAGCUGAAGCGCAUUGAGAAAUCGAUGCAGAAGGACGAGAAGGCGCUUAACGAGGCCACGUCACAGGUGACAGCUGCCCAGGACGACGUGUCACGGUUGACAGAUGAGAUUAAGGGCCUUGAAGUUUCCCUGAGCAAGGAGGAGAAGGUCCUCGAGAGCCUCUACAACGAGUUUGAGGACGACCGCCUUGCUGUGCAGCAGCGGCUGCAUGAGAAGCAGGAGGCGCUCGUACCGCUGAGCAGCGCACGCGACAACGCCGCCGCAGCAUAUGACAUCAAGAAGUCCGAACGCGAUCUCUUGACGAAAGGUGCGCGCGACAUUGAGGCGCAGCUGCAGGAGGCAACGGAGGGCCUGGCACACGCGCGGGCAACGUUGAAGGAGCGAAAGGGCGAGCUUGUGACUCUGGCUGCCCGCAAGAAGAAGCUCGAGGCUGAGGUGCCUGCCGCUGAGAAGCAGUUGCGGGUGCUGGCGAAGAACCAGGGCCCGCUUGAUGACGAGGUGUCGACGCGGCGCAUGAAGCUUGAGGAGCGCCGGUCUGCCUCGCAGGCGCAGCACACGACCAACCGCGUGCUUGAAGCGCUGAAGGAACGGGCGCGACGGGGCAAGAUCACAGGCUUCCACGGCCGUCUUGGAAGCCUUGGUGCCAUUGAUGACAAGUAUGACUGCGCUGUGACGACGGCGUGCGGCGCCCUCAACCACCUUGUUGUCGACACUGUUGAGCAGGGGCAGCAGUGUGUUGAGUUUCUCCGCAAGCACAACGUUGGUCGCGCGACGUUUAUCAUCCUGGAGAAGAUUCAGCAUCUUGCUGCACAGGCCGACAAGCCCUUCAACGCGCCGGCGCCACGCCUCUACGACCUCAUUCGCGUCAAGGACGACAAGUUCAAGGUCGCCUUCUACCACGCCCUGCGGGACACGCUUGUUGCGCCUUCGCUCGAUGACGCCACCUCCAUCGCGUACCAGGGCAAGCGCGCUCGAUACCGCGUUGUCACGCUCAAGGGACAGCUGAUUGACACGAGCGGAACCAUGUCUGGUGGCGGAAACAAGGUGCAGCGUGGCGGGAUGUCGUCGACGUUGGCGGAGGAGGUGUCUCCGGCGGAACUCGAGUCGCUUGAGCGCGAGUUGGAGCAGCUGGUGCAGCGGCAACGUAAGGCCCGCGAGCAGCGCAGCACCUGGGAGGAGGCCGUUGGUGCCGCAAAGCGCGAGCUGGCCACCGUCACGGCGAAUGCGCAGCGCUGUCAGCAGGAGAUUGACAGUCUGACGGCCAAGAUUGACGCCCUCACGGAGAAGAUUGCGACGCUUGAGGAGCAGGCGAAGACGGUGGAGAACAACGAGGCCGCGCUCGCUGCUGUGGAGAAGGAGCUGGCAGCGCUGGGCAAGAAGCGUGAUUCCGCUGCAGCCAAGGCAGAGAAGGUGGAGCACGAGAUUGCUGCACUUGAGGAAGAGCUGGCAAACGUCGGCGGUGUCAGGGUCAAGGCACAGCGCGCCAAGGUUGAUGGCAUUUCGGACGAGAUUUCCACCCUUCAGGGCAACAUCACAAAGGCAAAUGUGACGGCCAAGACCGCCAAGCGCAAGAAGACGCAGCUUGAAAAGAAGCUCGAGAAGGCGCAAGCCGAGAAGGAGGAGACGGCAGCGGCGAUUGCCAAGCUGAAGGAGAGUUUUGCGGACAUUGAGACGAAAGCGCUCGAGGUGAUGGAGGAGCAGAAGAAGGCAACGCUUCUUCUUGAGGAGCGCGAGGAGGCCAUGCAGGACAUCAAGGAGAAGUACGACCAGGUGGAGGAGCGGCUGCAGGCGUUGCGGUCCGGACUCGUUGAUCAGGAACACGAGUUGGAGGAGGUCGACAGGGAAUUGCGUGACAACCAGAACAAGGCAAAGCACUGGCGCAGGAAGCUCGACGCUCUCACCCUCCACAAGAUUGAUGUCGAUGUGGACGAGGAACAAGAGGAGGAGCAGGAGGAAGCGGCGAGCGCGGAUGGCACAGGCGGCAAGUCCGCCAUGAACACUGGCGAUGAUGAUGAUGAGGAGGAAGAGGAGGACAAGCCCAGUGGCGACGCCGACAACGGUGACGAUGAGAAUGACGAAGGCGGCGAGGAGCAACCACGCCGCAAGAAGUCCAAGCGCACCACCCAGCAGCAGCUGCCAACGCUGACCGCGGAGGACGCCGCGGCGCUGAACGUGGAUGACCUUGAGUACAACAUCACCGUCCUGGACGAGAAGCUCAAGGGCAUGAAGCCCAACAUGUCCGCCAUCUCGGAGUACAGGAAGAAGGAGUCUGAGUAUCUCGCGCGCGUUGAUGAACUCGACACAGUGACGGGCGAGCGCAACGCCGUUCGCGCGCAGUACGACAGCCUGCGGAAACAGCGGCUUGACAUGUUUAUGGCGGGUUUCAAAACAAUCAGCCUGAAGUUGAAGGAGAUGUACCAGAUGAUCACGCUUGGAGGCGACGCGGAGCUCGAGCUUGUGGAUUACCUCAACCCCUUUUCAGAGGGCAUUGUCUUCAGCGUCCGCCCACCGAAGAAGAGCUGGAAGAACAUCAGCAACUUGAGUGGGGGCGAGAAGACGCUGAGCUCGCUUGCGCUGGUGUUUGCGCUGCACCACUUCAAGCCGACGCCGCUGUAUGUCAUGGACGAGAUUGACGCUGCCCUCGACUUUAAGAACGUCUCCAUCGUCGCAAACUACAUCAAGGAGCGGACGAAGAACGCCCAGUUUGUCAUCAUCAGCCUCCGCAACAACAUGUUUGAGCUGGCGGUUUGUUUCGUUGGCAUUUACAAACCAGAGAUGGCCCCAAGAGCGUCGCCAUCAACCCGGCACAAGUCGCAGAGAAAGCGCGGGCACACGCCGCCCAGGCCGUGACUGCCGCACGCGAGCCGAAGCGCGCCGCCAACGAGAGCAUGCCGCUCGCCGAAGUCGACGCCGCGGCAACCACGCACUGAUGCGGUGUUGGUAGCUGCACACUCAUCCGUCCACCGCCCCGUUAGUUGACUGUCACUGUGUUGUUGCCUUUCCCUUCCUUUCUUCUUUCGAUACCCCUGCACUGGCUUGUUCUGCUUUCAAUCUGCUUCACUUUUCCCUCGUUCUUCGCUGAUCCCAUCAUACCCCAGCACAGAAAGCCUCGUAGCACAUUCGUUCUUCUUCUUCUUCCGUGUUUCGUUGUCGUGUCGACAUGACACUGUGUCUUGUUGUCUUCUUGCUUGCUUCUUGUUGCGCUCUGCUUUUGAUUGAACUGCUUCAUGCCACAACAACAACAACACACAUACACACACACACACACUCCCUCCCUCUUUCUCUCUCUUCCACACAUCCACACGCGACAUUUGUCCCUUCUCUUCACCGUUUGCUUUGCGUUGACCACCGCCUUUUUGUGUGUUGAUUUGACCCAAUAAACGUGCAUGUUCACAGCCGC